GACUGUGUGAAGAAGACAGAGAAGAAACAGUCGAAUAAAUUAAGUUGAGUCCGCCAUCUGCCGAAGCGUUUUGUUCGUUUACAUGAUUCCCAUUAAUGAAAACUCCGUCAUAAUGUUGAUCUGAAAACGUAUUUGAAGAUAUAUCCCGAUGUUGUACAUAGGCGGCUCUUCAUGUAGAUGUAAUAUCUUUAUCGCUUUUGCCUCCCGGGGAAGCGUUUCGUGGAUACCAAAGAAAGCUUCAAACGCGUUUGAAGCUUUCGAGGUCGUAUUCAUGGAACUAUGAACCUGGACUCCUUGUCUUUUGCCCUGUCACAAAUAACGUAUUUGGUCGCUAAUUUAACCAAGAAGAACUUCAAAUCAAGCUCUCAAGAGUUAUCACAGUUAGUGGGGCUGUAUGGCGUGGAGGCGGACCGACAUCUGCUGCGCUGCCUGUUGUCUCAUGUUGAUUUGAGUGUAGACGGCAGCAAAAGCAAUAACAGUCUCCUGUUGGAGCUCCUCGGCCAGGAGUGCAGUGCUCUGCUCGCCAAACCAUCGCUUGUCUCCAAUAUUUGUUACGCCGUUGACAACCCAUUACACCAUCAAAAGACCCUUAAACCAUCACCUCUGCUCUUUACUCAACUGAGUAAAGUUCUAAAGCUCAAUCCUGUUCAAGAAGUUGUCUUUGGUUUGGCUCUUACUCAUUCAGCUAAUCCAGACACUCAAAACUUUGCCACUCAAUUUGUAAAUCAGAAACUUACGGAAUUAAUCAGAUCCUAUAUUGACCUCGAUUCUAGUAGGGGCCAUCACGAAGGAGGUUUGCAUGAUUCCACACCUGAAGUUCUCCAUUUGAUUUUAAGCAGUGUGUUUUGUGACCCAGGCAAUCAAUUUGGUGUAACAUCAGAAACUAAAGAAUCAUUCUUAAAAAAUCUUCGCAGAGACUUUCCACGUGAGUUGGUACCUGUUGUACUAGCUCCGUUACUCUUCCCAAAUAAACCUGAUUUGCCUAUGGACAAACUAAAUCAAGACAGCACAGCCAUGGCAAACUCUCAGCAACUCGCCGACAUGAUUAUGGAGAUGGGCUAUAACUUCACCUCCUCAUUUGAACAAUGUCGCAAUGCAUUGGGCUCACUUUCACUUGGUGGACGCGACAUACCUGCGGGUGCUGUGGCCCGUAUUCUUUCCAUGAUGGCCAGAACUCACAGUGGACUCGAUGAUCAGGUCUCUCUACAGAGCCUGAAUUCAUCCAAUUUCUGGGGUGGAAGUGAGUCAGGUGUCAAAGAUAAAGGUGGAGGGGUUAAUGAUCCAUCACAUCCCACAACAUGGAAUAUUGAAGUUUUCAUCCAAACCCUGAAGGAACUUGUUCCAAAUAUAGUUUGGAAUGAUGUUGUUACCCAACUUGAUCAUCCUGACUUCAUCAUCAAGGACCGUAUGGGCCUCAACCUUCUCACCAGUGCUCUACUGAUGGGAUGGCAAAGCCAAGGAUCACAUCAUGAGCUCUUCCCUGUUGAUUUCCUGUAUCGUAGGGUGUGGAGAAACACAGAAGGGCAAUUCUCUUUGCUCCAGCAAAUUCUCAAAAAUCCAGAUAUAUUUUGCAUAACUGAUUAUCCAUUCCACUCAGCUCCUGUUGAUGUUCUAAAGGCACCACCAGAAAGUGACAACAAAGAGAUAGCAACCUGGCGAUGUGUUGACUUGGUAGAAACAUUGUUACUACUGGCUGAUCGAGGUCUCUAUGCUCAGGUUCAGGAACUCUUUAAUGUGCCAAUUACAUUGUGCCCAGAUGUUCUCGUAUUAGUUUUACUGAACAUCAGCUCACCAGUCACAAUACUCCGUCAAGAACUCUUCAAAACCCUCAUUCCUAUUUUCCUCAGCAACCAUCCAAACUCUGCUAUUAUACUGCACAAUGCCUGGCACAGCCAGAUGAUUUCAAUCAAACCCAUAAUAAUGCAUGCCAUGGCUGAAUGGUACAUGCGGGGUGAUACUGACCAGACAAGAUUGUCACGCAUUUUGGAUGUUGCCCAGGAUCUGAAGGCUCUCACUGUUUUGCUCAAUGCUCAGUCAUUCCUUUUUGUCAUUGACUUGGCCUGUCUAGCCUCUAGACGAGAGUACUUGAAGCUUGAAAAAUGGUUGGCUGACAAAAUUCAUGAUCAUGGUGAGCCCUUUGUGUCUGCUUGUGUCAAGUUUCUCCAGAGGAGAUGCCCUCAGAUCAUGGGUGGGGUAAUCAAGGAUGAAAACAUGCCCAAAUCUGCUCAACUGCCUCAUGAAACACUUGCAGUCAUGCUGAAUUGUCUUCAGGGUUGUACUGGUGGACUAUCUCAGGAGCUUACUGAAGUUAUUAUGACGAUGGUAGCAAACUGCAGCUUGCUUCUGAACAAACCCAGGCAACCUCCACCUGGUCCUGUCCUGCGGUCUCACUCUCAAGCACACCGCUCUGGGCUGGAGCACUCCCUACUCGGUGGACAGGUGUUUCCCAGUUCUCAAGUGUCUGAUCCCAUUGCGUCACUCAGUUCCAGCUUAGUUGGCCUUAAUUUGGGAGGCAUGCCUGGUGGUAUGGGUGGAGUAGGUGGUGUUGGUCCCCCAAGUAGUUCAGCUUUUAACUUGCCAGGUAGCCUAGGUCCUCUUGUCUCAACUCCAGGAUCUCCAUCAAGAUUGUUAGCUCCAUCUGGGCCCACAGGUCCUGGACCUUCGCAAAGCCCAUUUCCUAUGCUCCUCGGUAAUCAACUACAGCAUGUUGGUGGGCCAGUUGGCUCACAGGUACCUACAGGAGCAGCUACAUCAUUGGUUGGAGGCAUGGGAAUGCCUCACUUGGGGUCCCAACAAGUAGACAAAACUCGUCUUGGUGAAAUUUCUCAAAUGUUCCCUGAAAUGUCACCAAAUGUACCCAAGGAGAUUGAGGAUGAAGCCAAUAGUUACUUUCAAAGAAUUUACAACCAUCCUCCUCAUCCAACACUCUCUAUUGAUGAAGUUUUAGAAAUGUUAAAGAAGUUUAAGGACUCAUCAAGCAAGCGUGAGAAGGAAGUUUACUAUUGCAUGAUCCGUAAUUUAUUUGAAGAGUAUCGCUUUUUCCCUCAAUAUCCUGACAAGGAACUCCAUAUAACUGCUCAACUGUUUGGUGGCAUUGUUGAUCGUGAGCUUUGUCCUAACUACUUGGCGAUGGGUUUAGCACUCAGAUCCGUGCUAGAGGCUUUACGCAAGCCGCAUGGAAGCAAGAUGUAUUAUUUUGGCAUUGCAGCCUUGGAUAGGUUCAGAGGAAAACUGAAAGAUUAUCAUAAGUAUUGUGAACAUGUUUCGGCGAUACCUCACUUCAGAGAGUUUCCACCUCAUCUCAUAGAGUAUGUAGAAUUUGGGAAAAAUUCUAUGGAACCUCCACUCCAACCCAGCGGACCUGUUUUACCUGCAUCUUUGGCUGCUCUUGUUGCACCUACACAAACACCAACAACAACAGCCAUGUCUGCGAUUCCUGUUGCAACCAAACCCACACCGUCAACUGGUGGAAUGCCAAGCCGCCCCUCAAUUGCUAAUGCUACAAAUAUUGAUACAUUGCUGGUAGCCACUGAGAAAGAAGACAAAAUCACUGCCCCUCCUGAAGCACUGCAGGACAAAGUUGCUUUUGUUUUCAACAAUUUAAGUCAACUGAACUUAGGAAAGAAAUGCGAAGAAAUAAGAGACUUGGUGACUGAAGAAUAUUGGGCUUGGAUUGCUCAAUAUCUUGUGAUGAAACGUGCCAGCAUAGAACUGAAUUUUCAUGCCCUUUACUCAAACUUUCUUGACACUUUAAAUAUUCCACAGGUGUACACCUUGGUUUUAAGGGAAACAUACAGAAACAUAAGAGUUCUUUUGAGAAGUGAUAAGGGCAUUGCAAACUUUUCUGAUCGUUCCUUACUAAAGAAUCUUGGCCACUGGUUAGGCAUGUUAACGUUAGGCAGAAGCGGACCGAUUUUGCACAUUGAUAUUGAUAUCAAAUCUCUCCUGGCUGAGGCUUAUAAUAAGGGUCAACAAGAGCUUCUUUAUGUUGUACCUUUUGUGGCCAAAGUCUUAGAGGCGUGUGCCAAAAGCAAGGUUUUUAAACCACCUUGUCCAUGGACAAUGGCAAUUAUGAAUGUCCUUGCAGAGCUCCAUCAGGAACCAGACUUAAAGCUUAAUCUGAAGUUUGAAAUAGAAGUUCUUUGUAAAAAUCUUAACAUUGAUGUAGCGGAUUUGAAACCAAGUCAUUAUUUGAAAGAUCCAGCAAGUGUGGAAAAUAUGGAAUAUCAGCUAUCUCAACCAAAGAAGAAAGAUCAGCCUGGUACUACAUCUGUGCCUUCUACACCUCAGACUCCAGGUCCGCACUCUGGACCCUCUGAAGAAAGCAGCCAUGCUGUCCCCACAGCAACAGUUGCUCCAAUGUCAAAUUCCUCAUCCUCAUCAGUUGUUUCUCAUGCAGCAGCUGUAGCUGCUGCUAACCAUGCUGCAGCUGCUGCAGCAGUUGCUGCUGCUACUGCAGGGGCAGAUCUUCGGGCUGUUUCCAUGCUGCCUCCAGCUCCAGUGCCACAGCCCUGUACCUCACCUCCUCCAGGCCUUCCAGCUGGUCCACCUGAACCACGAUUCUCUUACUCGGAUAUCAAUGUGUCUGGAAUUACAAAUAUUGGCAGACACAUCGUCAUUAACAACAAUGUUGCGUUAUUCCAAGCCAAUCCUCAACUCAAGCCUUUUGUCAGACCUGCUGUUGAACGAGCUGUUCAAGAAUGGAUUGCUCCAGUUGUUGACCGUUCAGUAAAGAUAGCUCUUACAACCUCUGAGCAGAUUGUCAAGAAAGACUUUGCUUUGGACCCAGAAGAGUCUCGUAUGCGCAUUGCUGCUCAUCACAUGGUUCGAAACUUGACCGCUGGAAUGGCCAUGAUUACGUGCAGGGAUCAGUUGUUACUGUCAAUUGGAUCCAACUUGAAGACUGCUUUUAGUUCUCACAUGAUAGGUGCAACACAGCAGCAGAAAGACAUGUGUGAACAAGCUGCUCAACAAACUGCCCAAGAUAAUAUGGAAGUUGCAUGUGCAUUUAUCCAGAAGACAGCUAUCGAAAAGGCAAUCCCUGAAAUUGACAAGCACUUAAUGGCAGAGUACGAGCGACGCAAGCACGCACGUAAUGAGGGUCGACGUUAUUGUGACCCUGUUGUUCUUACAUAUCAGGCUGAAAGAAUGCCAGAGCAAAUCCGCCUGAAAGUUGGUGGUGUUACUCAGCAGCAGAUGAGUGUUUAUGAAGAAUUUGCACGGAACAUUCCAGGCUUUGUUCCGAUGACAGAAAGAGAAGCUGCACUGUUUGUACCCAAACCAUUCCCCAAUCCCCUUACUGUUGUUCCUUUCCAGAAUACAGGUCCUGCGCAAAUAGCCUAUGGGGAUGAAAGCAGUGCCAUAUAUGACAAACUAGUUUCAGAACUAGAACAUAAUAUGAAUAGCAUACUCACAUUUGUUCCCACGCAGUUAGCAAACUUGCACAGUUUGAUGGAAACAUUGAUGAUUGCAAGGCGCUCUCCCAGAGAUGCGUUAGCUGCUAUGACACUUUUGCAAAAGACAGUCGAAAGUUUGCUGGAGGGAAUGAGCCAGUUAUCUCAGAUCAUUAAUGAUCCUGAAACAAUGACGAGAUUUAGAGAUACUCAUCUCCGUAUUUUGAAGGGCCUGCAGGAUCAACGCAUGUAUGGACAACAAUGGACAAACAAGCAAGUCACUCGGUGCCUUAUUGAAUCAAGAGGAGAUCUCCGAUACAAUCCAGAUGCUGUUGAUUGUCUAGUGCGCUCUGGCUUGGUCAACAUGCAACAGUAUGAUCUGCACCUUGCCCAAGCCAUGGAGAAUGGUCUUAAUUUCCCUGUGGUUGCAUUUGCUAUGCACCUUGUCCAGCUGUACCUAGUUGAUGAACGUCUCAACACCAACAUCACUGAGAGUGAUCUAGGGAACACCAUUGAAAUGUUAGCGCGGAUCGCACAACAUUCUCGCUCACCACCUGAAGGCCUUACUGCACUUAUUGAGCUACUUCGCACAACUCAUGAUCCCAAUUUCCUUGUGGAUAGAGCACCGGGGGGACCAACUGCUCACAUCCAUUCUGGUAUACUGCAAGUGACAUCUCGCGACUUUGAUGAUUUGGGAUACGUUGAAAAGACUGACUACCUGCUGAGGGAGUGGGUCUCACUCAUUCACUCUCCUAAUGGAAUCAGAGAGCCCACAAAAGCAUUUGGUACUUUUGUUCAGCAUUUGAAUGUGCAAGGUUUCUUGAAGACAGAUGAUGUGAUUACAAGAUUUUUCCGCAUCAGCACUCGACUAUGUGUUGACAUGUGCUGUCAAGCGCUCACUGAGCAAUCCAACUCUCCUACUGUAGUACGUACAAAGUGCUAUACCACUCUGGAUGCGUAUGUAAAACUUAUAGCUCUGCUUGUGAAACACUCAGGUGAUACUGCCAAUUCAGGCACAAAAAUUAACCUUCUGAACAAGGUCUUGGGAAUUGUUGCUGGUGUGCUAUUACAUGAUCAAGAUGCUCACACUAUAGAGUUCCAGCAACUACCCUAUCAACGCAUGUUUAUCAUGCUAUUUUUAGAGCUGAAUGCUCCUGAACCAAUUUUGGAAACUAUUAACUUCCAAGUGCUGACUGCUUUUUGUCACACACUCCAUAUCCUAUCUCCAUCCAAAGCUCCAGGCUUUUCUUAUGCAUGGCUGGAGAUUGUCUCACAUCGAGUAUUUUUGGGUAGAAUGCUUGCUCUUACUCCUCAGCAAAAGGGAUGGGGAAUGUAUUCUCAAUUGCUGAUGGACCUCUUCAAAUUUUUGGCUCCAUUCCUGAGGAAUGCUGAACUUGCCAAACCAGUAACCUUGCUGUACAAAGGCACAUUAAGACUGCUACUUGUACUGCUUCAUGACUUCCCAGAAUUUCUGUGUGAUUAUCAUUAUGGGUUCUGCGAUGUAAUUCCUCCUAAUUGCAUUCAGAUGCGCAAUUUGAUUUUGUCAGCCUUCCCAAGGAACAUGCGUCUUCCAGAUCCAUUCACCCCAAAUUUAAAAGUUGACAUGUUGCCAGAAAUAGCUCAUGCUCCUCGUGUCUUGACUAACUUCUCUUCUAUGAUCCAACCACCAGCUUUCAAAAAGGAUCUUGAUUCAUAUCUGAAAGCACGUGCUCCUGUUACCUUCCUGUCUGAGCUUCGUGGAAACCUACAAAUCUCUCAGGAACCUGGAAUGGCAUACAAUAUUCCUCUCAUGAAUGCUUUGGUUCUCUAUGUGGGCACUCAAGCUAUAAAUUACAUCCGAAGCAAAAGCCAUACCCCAAAUAUGACAACAAUUGCUCAUUCGGCUCACAUGGACAUCUUCCAAAAUCUAGCAGUUGAUCUGGAUACUGAAGGUCGAUACCUAUUCCUUAACGCCAUAGCUAAUCAGCUGCGCUACCCCAACAGUCAUACUCACUAUUUCAGUUGUACCCUACUGUACUUAUUUGCAGAGGCUAACUCAGAAGCAAUUCAGGAACAAAUAACAAGAGUCCUUCUGGAGCGUUUAAUUGUAAACCGCCCACAUCCUUGGGGUCUUCUUAUCACCUUUAUUGAGCUGAUCAAAAACCCAACCUACAAAUUCUGGCUUCAUGAAUUUGUCCACUGUGCCCCAGAAAUUGAGAAGCUUUUUGAGUCUGUGGCUCGAUCAUGCAUGGUGCAGAAACAAGUUCAACCUGUUCAGGAGAACGAAGUUCAAGAGUAAUUCAGCAAUUACUUCCUUCAUUCAAUGAAGUUCAUGUGUCAGUCUAUUUUCAGCAUAUUUUUUGUGCAUUCUGGAGAUCCGGUUUCUGUGGGAUCUCUUAGAUUGGAAGUUUAAUUGAAGUUGGUAAAGAAUGUGAUAUAUUCUCAGUACUUUUUUUUAAUAUUUCAAUGUGAUUAUACAGUUAGGUCUUCUGUGUGAAAGCAGUUGAUUGACUCCAGAAUUAUAAACCUCUCCUCUGAGCUUUAGUUAUUGUCAUUUCCUCUCUUACAUAUGCUAGCAGUUCCCUUUGGUAUCUGAAUCAACGGAACUUUUGGCGCAUGUGAUUGUUAUUCCCUCUUCAGUAGGGGGUUACAGGAGAUGAAAGAUAUUUUUUAAGCUCUCACUAUGUGCAUGAUGGUGUUUUCUAUUUUGUUUGUACCGAAGCUUUUACUUAAAAAUGUGUGUGAUAUAUAUAUAGCUGGUGGUAAAAUUUGCUUUAAAUUAAUGUUAUACAUACAUAAUCCUUUUAUCUUCUUGUUGUUGAGAGAGAAGAUUGAGAUUUAGCCUAAACUUGGCUGUCUCCAUAACUGCAUGAGACUUUAAUACUUGCUGCUGCUGUGCAGCAUCAUUUGUGUCCUGAAAUAAUUUACAUUAGAUUUGUAAGAUGAUUAUUCUUAUAUUGAUUAUUAUGAAUAUUAUUGUUAGUUCCAAGUUUAUGUUGGUCUGUAUAUAAUCUUUCCUAAACUUUCAGAGCCACAAUUUAGCAUGUAAUUGUAAUGGUCCUUAUGUUAUAUUGUGUAGUGUAUAUAGUAUGUAUACAUGUAUCUAUAUGGAAAACAUUCAAAUGACUACUUGUUUUGUAAUGUGAUUGUUUUGUCAUAAAAUUUGGUCCUGCA